CGCGACGACCACCCAUCGCAUCCCCAACGUCCCCACAUUCGUUUGCUGCCAGACAAACACCGCCACAUAGCGCAAAGUGCUUGUAGAAGCUGCGCGACUUCAGCUAUCUGUUGCACUCUGCGCGACUGCCCGGUUCUGCGCAGUAACGCCUGCCAGCCCCCGUGCCCACCGCGAGCUUUCCCACCGCAGCUAUGUCCGACGACGCGACUGCAAGCGCAAGCGCGCAAGACCCUUCCCUCGAAGGCACCACGCAAGCCAAUGCGCUUGACCAAGACACCAACAUGCUCGAGGAGCCUUUCACAGUGAAGGAGUCGUCGCGCGAGCUCUCGACUGCCACACCCGCGCCCGUCUCAGACAACCCUCUCGAUGCGCCAGACGGCCCGCGGCCAGACGCCGAGGACGCAGACGGCCAGGAAGACGAGGAGAUGGGCGGCCUGGGCGACACCAAGAAGGAGAAGGACGGGGAGGGCGUCGAGGCUGCAGACCCUGAGGCGGCGGCAAAGACCGAUCUGCAAGCUGCUGCGCGCUCGCACUUCGUCGCCCAGACCUACGCGACCAUCAUCCCCAGCUAUGCGACAUGGUUCGACAUGCGCUACAUCGACUACCGCGAGCGCAAGGCCCUGCCCGAGUUCUUCAACGGUCGCAAUCGCAGCAAGACGCCUGCUGUCUACCGCGACUACCGCGACUUCAUGAUCAACACCUACCGCCUGAACCCGUCCGAGUACCUGACCGUCACGGCCUGCAGAAGGAACCUGGCUGGAGAUGUUUGCGCCAUCAUGCGCGUGCACGCUUUCCUCGAGCAGUGGGGUCUCAUCAACUACCAGGUCGAUCCUCAGGAACGCCCAUCAAACAUUGGACCUCCGUUCACUGGCCACUUCCGUGUCACAGUUGACACACCCAGAGGAUUGCAGCCCUUCCAGCCAGGCCCGGGUUCCAGAGUCACAGAGGGAAAGCAGAGCGCGGCCACCGACCGUGCGGCGAGCGCACAGCCUACCGCCAAGUCAGAAACCAAGUCGCUAGCCGGACGCAACAUCUACGAAGCCAACGGCAAGGAAGCCUCCGCAGAGCCAAAGGACAAGGCGGCCAACGGCGAAGGCGCUGCGAACGGUGGCCCUGCUGAUGUCAAGGAUCUCGAGGCUGCUGCCAAGGAGCCCUUGAAGGUCAUCAACUGCUUCAGCUGCGGUGUCGAGUGCACCCGUGUGCACUUCCACGAGACAAAGCCUUCCGAGCAGCCCGGCCAGACCAAGAGUGUUGGUGGACUGAAGCGCGACUUGUGCCCGAGGUGUUUUGUCGAGGGCAACUUUCCCGCUGGCACAUCAUCCGCCGACUUUACCAAGAUCUCAACCCCAGAGGCCUCAUCCGUCUCCGAGUCCGAGGAGAAGUGGACAGAAGAGGAGACCCUUCUGCUUUUGGAGGGUCUGGAAGAGUUUGACGAGGAUUGGAACAGGGUGGCAGACCACGUCUCGACCAAGACUCGCGAGCAGUGCGUGAUGAAGUUUCUGCAACUCGAGAUCGAGGACAAGUACAUCGAGGCCGACCUGCCGCAAGGCGACGCUGCCACGCCUUCGGCGAAGUUCCUCCGCGACUUGGACUACCUCAGCGAAGGCCGCGCGCCUCUGCACCACGCUGAUAACCCGAUCUUGAGCGUUGUCAGCUUCCUCGCUGGUCUGGCACCCGCAAAUGUCACCGAAGCUGCCGUUGCCUCCGGCCGCAGUGUGGGUGAGAUGAAGCGCAUCUUGCAGGAGAAGAUAAACAAGGCACCCACAGCACCCUCGGAAAAGGGGAAGGAGAGGGAAGGCGCGAAGGCUUCUACACCGGCCACAGGUGCCUCAGAUAUCAAGCCUGAGGGCGAUGACGCUAUGGAGGUCGACACCACCCAGGAUCUCACAGCGUCCAACAAGGACGCUUCGUCAGACAACAACAACAACAACAACAACAACAACAACAACAACAACCCCCUCGUCACACUGCCCUUCGCUCUCUCCGCAGCCCGCUCGUCAGCUCUCGCCUCGCACGAAGAACGCCACAUCACGCGCCUCGUCUCUGGCUCUGUCAACUUGCAGCUACAGAAGCUCCAACUCAAGCUUGCACAUUUCUCCGACAUUGAGAAGCUCCUGUCUGCUGAGCGUCGCGAUCUGCAGCGCCGCCGCCAGCAGCUGUUCAUGGACCGACUCAACUUCCAGCGCCGCGUGCGUGCGCUCGAAGACGCAACCAAGAAGAUCAGCUCAGGCAUACAGGGCCAAGGCCUGCCAGGGUCGAUGAGCAACGAGGAUGCCAUGGCAGCGCUCACAGACGCUAUCCGCAUGUUCGGUGUUGGCAAGGGCGACGACAGCAUGGGUGUGAAGCGCGAUAGUGUCGAUGCGGGCGCGCAACCCGUUGCAGAGGGUGGCGAGGGCUACGGAAAGCUGGAGAUCUAAAGAAGCUCUUCUCUCGAAGAUGCUGGUGUUAUUGGCGUGAUUGGAGCUUGACUCUACCAUGGUCGAGGACUUGCGACCUGGGUUUCUUUGGAAUACGCUGCAUUGUUCCUUGACGGUGUAUCGAACAGUAGAACAUGGCUCUGCUGUGUCAGCUUGUACUAAAUCCAUGCAUUGCUUGACGCGUACUUGAUCAUUG